AUGGCAUCAUUGAAACAGUUCUCAACAAAGGAAGUUGCCGAGCACAAUACUAAUCGAUCGGCAUGGAUUAUCAUUGGAAACAAGGUCUAUGACGUGACCAAAUUCCUUGAUGAGCAUCCGGGAGGUUGUGAAGUUCUUCUGGAGCAAGCUGGUCGUGACGGAACUGAGGAGUUUGAAGAUGUCGGUCAUUCCACCGACGCUCGCACUCUCAAGGAGGACUAUUUGAUCGGAGAAAUCGAAGAAGGCGAGAGAAAAACUUAUUCCUACGAAAAGAAGACUUGGAAGCCGGCUCCAUCUGAGAACAAGCAGAGAAACGAAGGAUCACCAACAGACAAUCUUGUCUACUUUGCGCUAUUAGCUGUUAUCGUUGGAUUCAUCUACUAUCUCUUCACUAAGUGA